AUGAGCUAUUUCGCCCCACAACCACAACAAGGAGGAGCAUCGUGCGAAAGUAUGGCGAUCCAUAUGAACUUAAUUGGAGGCCACGGUCUGAAAAAGAUGGACAUUCGGUCAAGUGAUCCUUAUUGCAUAGUCACCGUUGGUAUUGAGCAGAGAAAAAGUCGAACAGUCAUGAAAAACUUGAAUCCACAGUGGAACGAAAGUUAUGAUUUCCCUUAUGUUAUUCCAGGCUCUGAGGCAAAGUUUGUGGUUAUGGACUAUGACAAAAAUUCCAAAGACGACCAAAUGGGUGUUGGGUCUUGCAAGUUAGAGUGUCUUCCGAUUGGUCAAACAGUCACUAAAGAUGUACAACUUAACACCAAAGGUUCUAUCACUUUUUCAUAUUCAGUCACUUCAGUCAAAGGAGGAAAAGCUCCACAACAAAAUCAGUGUGGACAAUACCCACCACAACAGGGCGGGUAUGGACAAUAUCUUCCUCAGCAAGGACAACAACAAGGCGGGUAUGCACAACAAGGUGCAUACCCAGGUUAUCCUCCACAAGGACAACAACAAGGAUAUCCUCCACAACAAGGCGCUUAUCCCCCUCAACAGGGAGCCUAUGGACAACCACCACAACCAGCAUAUCCACAACAAGGAUAUCCUCCUCAACAGGGUGGACAAAAUUAUCCACCCCAGCAGCAACAAGGCGCUUAUCCGGGAUAUCCCCCUCAACAAGGAUAUGGACAACAACCCCAAGGACAACCAGCAUAUUCACAACAAGGAUAUCCCCCUCAACAGGGUGGGUACGGACAAUAUCCUCCACAACAAGGCUAUGGACAACAACAAGGGUAUCCUCCUGUACAAGGUGGGUACGGACAACAGUAUGGAUAUCCACCGCAACAGGGAGCUUACCCACCACAACAACCUUCAAAAUAA